UUCUCUCCCCCCUCGCUCUCUCUCUCCCACGCCUCUUAUCGCUUCCGAGCUCUCAUGGCCGCACAGCCCGCGCGUUAAGCAAGCCGCGCCGCGCCCCCUGGCCUGACAGCCCGACCCCAUGAGGCAGCCGCACCUCCUCUCGCCGCAGCAGCUCUCCCCCUCGCCCGUCCUCUCCUCCCACUUCUCGCCGCCCUGCGCGGCGCGGGGCUGCUCGCCGUGGCGGUGGCGCCACCGCCGGGCCUUCCACCCGCCGCUCUCCUCGCUGCGGGAGUCCGACAAGGGCACGCUGCGCAAGGCCUCGCCCAACCUCCCCUUCCGCUUCGGUGGCGGCGGGGGCGGCCCCAGCCCCGACGACCGCCGCUCCGCCGCAGACCAGGAGAAGAAGAAGGGGAAGGAGGAGGAGGAGGAGGAGGGCGGCGGGGUCUCGGGGGCCCUCACCGGGACUCUGCUCGCCGGGGCUGUGCUGGUCGGGGUCGUAGGGGGGUUCGGGGCCGCCGGGUACGUGUACAAGGACCAGAUCAAUACCUUCCUCACGCACUUCUCCGGGUUCAUUGAGGGCUAUGGCACUGCUGGGUACGCGUUGUUUAUACUUGCCUAUGCAGGAUUGGAGGUUCUUGCGAUUCCAGCAGUACCGUUGACCAUGACUGCAGGUCUAUUAUUCGGUAGUGUUACUGGUACUAUUAUGGUUUCAAUCAGUGGGACACUAGCUGCCGCUGUGGCCUUUCUCAUCGCUAGAUACUUUGCUAGAGAGCGUAUUCUUAAGAUGGUUGAAGGAAACAAGAAGUUUCUGGCGAUUGAUAAAGCAAUCGGUGAAAAUGGAUUCAAGGUUGUGACCCUGCUUCGUUUGAGUCCCCUAUUACCUUUCUCCCUUGGGAACUACCUGUAUGGCUUGACUUCAGUCAAGUUCAUACCCUACGUGUUGGGCAGUUGGUUGGGCAUGCUUCCAGGAACAUGGGCCUAUGUCAGUGCUGGUGCAUUUGGGCGAGCUAUAAUUCAAGAUGAGACGGAAAUCGGUUUGGGAGGAAACAACCAGCUAUUGACACUGGGCAUAGGGCUAUUAGUUACAGCCGUUGCUGCUACUUAUGUAACACGGCUUGCAAAGGAUGCUGUAAAGGAUAUUGACGACGAAUAGAAUGGUAGGAUUACAUAGCAAAAGGGCCAUUCAAAUAGCAAAAGUAGCACGAGAAUGUACAUCACUGGCAUCUUUUGGUGCAAUCUAAUCUAGAAAUACAAGCGGUUGUCGGAGAGGGAAAAA